AAAGUGAACAUUCUCUGACCACCCUUUCCAUCUUUUGACUCUUAGCUAGACUGUAACCUACCCGUCGUGUUUGCUGAAUGUGAGCUAUGUAACAGUGGAUGUUUGUUGUAACCGUCUCCCGUCAGCCUACGGUUCGUGCUUCUGGCUGCUGCUGGCCGCGGUGGGCCACUGUCCCAUGCCUCUGUGAGGAGCCGCUCCUGCCGCUGCAUGCUGCCGCUGUCCUGGCUGCGUCCGGCUAUGGCGUCCGCGUAUAGCGGAUCGCACACCUUGAGCAAGGAUGAUGUGAACUACAGGAUGCAUUUCCGAAUGAUCAACGAGCAGCAGGUUGAGGAUAUCACGAUAGACUUCUUCUACAGGCCUCACACGAUAACCCUGCUGACAUGUACGGUGCUCAGCCUGAUGUAUUUCGCCUUCACGAGAGAUGAUGGAAAUCAUGACGGUAAUAUCUGGGUGGGGCUCAUCCUGGUCAUCUCCUUCUUCCUUGUCAUUAGUGUUUUGGCAUUUCCUAAUGGUCCAUUCACCAGACCACAUCCAGCAAUAUGGCGAAUAGUUUUUGGUCUGAGUGUCCUGUAUUUCCUGUUCCUCGUCUUCAUCAUCUUCCUCAACUGGCAGCAGGUAAAGCAGCUAAUGUACUGGUUGGACCCAAAUCUGCGCUAUGCUAAGAGAGAAGCUGACAUAAUGGAGUAUGCUGUGAACUGCCAUGUCAUCACCUGGGAGAGAAUCCUGAGCCAUUUUGACAUUUUUGCGUUCAGUCAUUUUUGGGGUUGGGGUAUGAAGGCUCUUCUCAUUCGAAGUUACGGACUGUGCUGGACCAUAAGCAUUACCUGGGAACUGACUGAGCUGUUCUUCAUGCAUCUGCUGCCUAACUUUGCUGAGUGCUGGUGGGACCAGGUGAUUCUCGAUAUUCUGCUGUGUAAUGGAGGAGGGAUCUGGCUUGGCAUGACUGUGUGCCGCUUUUUGGAAAUGAGGACCUACCACUGGGCCAGUAUAAAAGACAUUCACACUACCACAGGGAAAAUCAAACGAGCUGUGUUGCAGUUCACCCCAGCAAGUUGGACAUAUGUGCGCUGGCUUGACCCAAAGUCCUCCCUGCAGCGUGUGAUGGGCGUUUAUCUAUUCAUGAUCAUCUGGCAGCUAACCGAGUUGAACACAUUUUUCCUCAAGCAUAUUUUUGUUUUUCCUGCAAGCCACGCUCUCAGCUGGUGUCGAAUUCUGUUCAUUGGCAUAAUCACCGCUCCAACAGUGAGGCAGUAUUAUGCCUACCUGACCGACACACAGUGCAAGAGAGUUGGAACCCAGUGCUGGGUGUUUGGGGCCAUAGCCUUUCUGGAGGCUUUAGCGUGUAUUAAGUUUGGACAGGACUUGUUUUCAAAGACACAGAUCCUCUAUGUGAUUCUCUGGCUGCUGUGUUUGGCCUUUAUUACAUUCCUGUGCUUGUAUGGGAUGGUGUGGUAUGCUGAAACCUAUGGACCAAGAGAAAAGCGUCUGUCAGAAUGCGAGGACAGUAAUUACACAGAAUCUGCUGACCAUAUGUCUGAAGAAUUCCAAGGAGAGAUGGAAGUGGGCAGUGACAGCCCUACAACCAGGCAGAGAGGGAAGGGUUCAGGAAAGAUCAAGUCUAUCAACGGCCUGGACAGUCAGUAGGAGCUGGAACCUUAGGCUGGAGGGCAACUCAUCAGGAGCCAAGCAUGAAGGAUCACGAGUUACAUACAGAGAGCAGAAAGCCCCGACCUUCAUUAUAGGGAGUGAAAGUAGGAGAGAAUACAUGGAUGAGCAGGUCCAUGUAGUGUUAUUAGGGAUGCACAGGGGCUUGGAUCGUAGAAGUGCACACUAGUGCAAUCACUAAAAGCUCCUAAACCACAGACCACAGGGUGUGUGUGUGUGUGUGUGUGUGUGUGUGUGUGUGUGUGUGUGUGUGUGUGUGUGUGUGUGUGUGUGUGUGUGUGUGUGUGUGUGUGUGUGUGUGUGUGUGUGUCUUGGAGGAGAAAGAGAAACUGCCGAUUUAGAUGUGACUGAUAGCGUAGCUUGUGUACUAACUUUUUCAAACUUUUAUCCAACCAUACAGGUUGUCAUUGAUAUUUAAUAUGCAGUACUUCAAAUAACUACAUUCAAUGACUCACUUUUCGGUUUUAAUACGCUUCAACCAUUUAUAAAGGCACAUUUUAAUUUUGUCACUAUGUGUGAUGCGUAGAUUUGUGGCAAAUAGCAGUUUUAAAUGUCACACUAUGAAUGAAUAAAUAUAAAAUAAACACAAUAAGGUGUGUUAAAAGUGAAGGGAUCUAAAUAUCAAAAUCGUUUCUAAGGCUUCUGUGUAUUUGACUGGUUCAUACCAGCCUUAACUCUAACUUGGUGGCAUUCAAGCCAUCAUGUGAAAUAUAUCGUAUAGUUUGAGCCUCUACGUUUCUAGCACAGAAGAGUCUAUUAUUAGUACCUGUUUUUGUGUUUUUACGUCAGAUGUUUAUAUCUUGAAUGUGGACAGGAUUUCAAUGCAAGACAGCUGCAGCUUGUUGGCAGAAUCGACGCACACAGUUUAAGCACUUUUCAGAAUGUUCUCCUGGGAAUAGUGUACAUUUUGUAACGUUUGAGUAUUUUGUGAAUCACUGUGAUUGUGAGUGAUUUCAUUCUUUAUCCAUCUGUGGCUGCUGUCAGGUCUGUAUCUUGUUUUUUUGUUUCGAUACCAGGCAUUUACCCAACGUCCUGCAUGUGUCGAGCUCCUGCUGCCUGUGUGCAGAUGGUUUGCUUCUCCUGUUGACUUCUCUGUUGUUGCAUAUAUUGCAUUAUGCAUGGCCUUGUCAAAUGAAAUCACGUGUUUGAGUAGACAAAUAUUAUAAGAUUAGUCAACAGGCAUUUGUGUUACGCACAACAUGACACCAGUAUUUAUGUUUCAUGUCCUUCCCUGUCGCUGUACCAGUUAAAUUCACCCCUUGUGCCUGUUUGCAUGUUUCUUUUUGUUUCUCGGUUUGUAUUAAGACUGAAUAUGAGCUUUGUGUUGGGUCCUUUUUCUCCUGGAGUGCUUUACUGAAGUUUGUUUUUGUUACUCAGUAAUCAGUAUCAUCUCAGCACAGAUAUAAUCCUUGACAAUCUAUGUUUUGAUCUCUGUGGAAUGGGUCAGGCAUUCCUACAACAUACAGUAUAAAUUAUGCAUUGUCUCUGGAUUUAAAUGCCAUUUGCCAAAAACAUGUCUGCUGAAAUUAUUUGUGCUGUUCUUUUUUCACUGUGAAAUGAUUAAAAGUAUUAAAAUCUU